AUGGUGUCAGUUUCGACUCGUUUCUUUAUGCUGUGGAUGGGGCUGGCAGCCUCCAACAAAUUUUGCUGAUUUUGGCGAGUGGAGACCUCGUUUUUCAAAAUGUCUUCUCCUAGCGCUGGAAAGAAGAGGAUGGACACAGACGUGAUCAAAUUAAUUGAAAGCAAGCAUGAAGUUACAAUAAUGGGAGGACUGAAUGAGUUCUGUGUCAAAUUCUAUGGACCAAAAGACACGCCGUACGAAGGGGGCGUGUGGAGGGUGCGCGUGCUGCUGCCAGAGCAUUAUCCCUUCAAGUCUCCGAGCAUCGGGUUCAUGAACAAGGUGUAUCAUCCCAACAUAGACGAGAUGUCCGGCACGGUGUGUCUGGAUGUCAUCAACCAGGCCUGGACUGCACUGUAUGAUCUCUCGAACAUCUUCGAAUCGUUCCUGCCGCAGCUGCUGACGUACCCGAACCCCAUAGACCCGCUCAAUGGAGACGCGGCAGCCAUGUAUAUGCACAAACCCGAAGAGUACAAGAGGAAAGUGGCGGAGCACGUGCGCCGCUACGCAACAGAGGAGGCAAUCGCCCCGGCGCCCCAGGGCUCCGGCGACGCCUCGUCCGACAGCGAGUCAUCGAUGUCGGAGUUCUCCGAGGACGAGGCGCGCGACAUGGAGCUAUAACUGGCGCGGGGCCGGACGGGCGCCGCCCCGCCCGCCCCACCGCCGUCGCCGCCGCCGACGCCCCGGCGGCGGGCGGACCACCGCGUCCCGGCCGGCCCCGCACGCAACCGCACGCACCCGCACGCACCGGCAUGAGACGACACACCGGCCGCCGCCGGCCGCGGAAGCGCACGUGGGCGAUCCGCCCGACAUCCGCGCUGGGGAACGGCGCGACUCGCUUUACUGAGAGAGGAGAGCUCUGCGGAGAGCGAGGAGCGGGCCUUUUCAGAAGCGGUGCUGUGAGCCACAGAGCGGCGGGUGACGGCCCGGACGUCUGGGGGCGCCGGGAUGAGCCAGCGCGCCGGGAGUGGACGGUCUCGGACCGGCCGGCAGCCCGGCGGGCGCUGGCCUCACCGGCCAGCGGGCGACGCUGCUCGCUUCCCGCUGCCCGCUCGGCAUCCGACAGCGGGCGCGGCCCCCACGUGCGUGUGCCACCGGCCGGCGCGGUGUGGCCGCCUGGCGCCGCGCGGCCAAGGCGCGACCUCCACCAGAGACGGACGACGGGCCGUGAGGGAGAGGCCGGACCGGGCGGCGUCGGUCGGACUGGUCUCAAGAUGUGAGGGCCGCCUGCUGGGGCGUGGACGCGACCGGCCGCCCGCACGCCGGCCGCUGCCAUGCGUUUUACUGCUGUUUAAGGUGUUGAGCGCUUGACUUCGCGUUGAGAGAAUAGGAGCGGUAUUUUGGGAAGUAGGUAGUGACGAGUGGGUUUUCGGUUUGGAAUGUGAUGGACCCGAGUGAACCAGUACCUAGCGUGCCGUCGGUAUUAGCUGCGAAUUAUUGGCUCGUUUUAUUACUGUCCGAGGACCGUACGCGUCUUUUGUUGCGGUUUAACGCGGCAUGCUUUUGUCGGGGCUUGGGUGGCAUUAGUCGUACCAAAGCUAUUCGCUUGAACGUGCCGUUUCGUACCACUUUACCUCUAGCAUUUUGCGCUACCGUUCUCCUCUACUGCCUGACAGGCCUCAACCGCUCUGGCAUGCUGUUUUAACAAAAUAGGGAAAGUGCUUCCGCUUAGUUCAAAGUAAGCCCACGUAACUGAACCGAUUGGUUUUAAAUAAUUGAUGUAGGUCUGGUUACUAAAGGAAUGCAAUUUCCAUGGCAACCGCACUGGUGGCGGUGCGAUUCGGGAAGAGUGUCUUGUCGUCUUGGGCCGACCCACCAACACACGUAUGAAUAAGUUGAUUGAAAUAUCAUUAGUUGAUACGUGCUAAGAGCAAGCACAUUUAUCUUACCAAAGGCUUCGAUGAAAUGCUCAGAUUGCGACUAUUGACGGUGCUGUCCCUGACACUGCUGGAAGUUGAUAAUCGGUUUAUCAUUUACCGAAGCUUAUCUCGCUUUGGAAAUGUCCCCGAUGCCAUUGCGCGCCAAAUCCGUCGUAAGGCUCCGACAUGCCCCCAAAAUACCAAGCCUGGCAAUGUGUGCCACUGUUCUGCAUUGUCUAGACGUGACGUUCCCGAUAUCGUCCAGCAGUCCACCGGUCGGACCGCGUUUGAGCAUCUGGCGCCUCCUCGUUCUCGCGUUCUACCUCGUCCCGACCGGGUCAGCAGGCGGGCGCCAGCGUCACCGCUUCCCCGGCCUACCGCCGCCCAUCGCUUCGCGGGCCGCGGCCCUCGCCAUCAGUUCGCUGCUCGUCCGCCGACGGCCGCGCGGUGCUGGUCGGAGCGCGUAGCUGGUAGUCAGAAUAACGGUAGAGUAGCGGCCCGAUCGCGCCGUCGCCGGUGACACCGCCCUGCCCGGUAGGCUAGCUUUCGCUGCGAGGCGGCGCAUUGUACGCGUGUUUUCUUGGUAGGGUUAAGGCAGCGCGCGGUCUGCAGCGGGAGCGUCGGCGGGUGAACAGCAGGCAGCAGCGCUGGCGUGGACCCCGUACUGGUAUGUGGGUCGCGCGGUAGCCCGUCCGUCGGCAGCGGAACAUGGUGCUUGUCGUGUCGGCUCGGUCGAUGUCAUCCGAUCUGGGCGCUGUGAGGCCCGGUGCAGACCAGGGCUCGGUGAAGGCCGUUUUGGUCUGCCGCGUGACUCGCUGGUGUCUGCGCUGCUGUGUUUGCGGCGAAAUUGCCGGAUCAAGGUCCGUUGUGUCGGCCGAAAUACGCUCACGUGUGACGAAAUUGGACGUUGGACCGACAGUCGGGUCGCUGGGUUGGGAAUUGCUCUGGUGUCCAGAUGGUCCAUUCCUCCCAAGUGGUUAUUUGGAAAAGCGAACCCCCAGUUCAGAGCACCGGCCGGAUUUAAAAAGGAAAACUACCGCGGGCGCUUCCGUCAACGUCGCCCAACGGACAUUGAAAACAUUUAAAGCCGGAUCAUGACGCAUGUGUUCGUGCAGCACGCCAGCGGCGCCAACUGAUCCGACUCCCCCGGGCGGGAUCCCCACGCUUCCGAGGGCGACAUCGCGGCGGCAUCCAAACACCUCCGCCGGCGCGAGCGGACCCAUCCGCCGCCACCCCGGCGCCCCUCCGCCGGACGACCGAUAUGCCAGGCUUGAUGAGACGCGUGCCCCGCUGGCCAGGAGCGCGCCCUACCUGAUGCAUUGUACACCAAGCGUACUGUUAAGUGUUACGUGUAGCGUCUACUCGGCAGAGCUAGCGCGUGUGUUGUGUACCUAACACCUCGAUAUUUACAAUAAAAAUGAUCAUCAGU